UCGCGAGAUAAAUCGAGAACGCAAAAGCUAGCAGGCGCGCUAGCCAGUUUUGUUCUUCCGUAAUAGAGAUUUAUCUCGUUUUUAUUAUGGCCACAAUGUCCGGAGCAACAAACCUCGGCAUUCCCGGGGCAAGACUAGCCAGCUCCGGAACUUCCGCACACCGUAAAAAAGACAGCAGUCCGUCCGCUAGGUUCUGGGAGAGUCCGGAGACUUUAGCCCAGCUGGAGGUGGUGCGACAGUGGAUCGGGAAGCACUACAAAAAGUAUGUGCUGGUGGAUGCCCCUUCGUGUCAGGCUCUGGCUGCAGUCACCCUGCAGCUCCUCCAGUUCCAAGAGGAUGCGUUUGGCAGACAAGCGACCAGCCCUGUUCUCACCAAACUGCCUGCAAAAAGCUUCCUGGACCUGCGACCAGCGGGUGGACUCUGCCACAUUCUUGGCACUGCCUACAAGUUUAAGGCAGAGCAAGGCUGGCGUAGGUUUGACUUGCAGAAUCCAUCAAGAACUGAAAGGAAUGUUGAGAUGUUUGGUGCCAUUGGAAUAUCACUGAUCCAGAACAAUGGUAUGUCACUGCCUGUGGUGUAUGUGGACCCUACGCUGGACCAGGAGCUGGUUAGCAGACUUACAGAUGUGAUCGCCAAACACCAGGGUACGCUCACUGAGGACCGAACGCUCGCCAGUCACCACAUCUACCCCUCACCUGCUUCUAAAGAGGAAGAGAGGCUUAUGCACAAGCAAACACAAUGCUAACCCUUUUUGUCUUUCUUGCUACUCUUAUACAGUUAUGACAGUUGGCUGUCCUCAAGUGAUGUUGAAGGAGAGGUUGAAGAGCCACCACAUUCAGAAAAGCCGUGGCGGGUCCAUGCUGGCUGGGUUCUGGACACGGAUGUUUUCAACGAGUGGAUGAACGAAGAAGACUAUUGUGUGAAUGAGAGGAAUGUAGCUAUCAUUCUCCGCCGGCGUAUUCACCUCAGAGACGAGCAGGACUCCAAACACACCCCUUCAAAAAAGAGAAGACGCUCCAUCUCUCCUCCCUCUGAAGGCAGGAAGAAGGGAAAGAAAGGGCGAAGGCGUGGACCACAGGAGGAAGAGCCAGAAGAAGACUUGACCAAAGACAUGGAGGACCCUACCCCUGUCCCUAACAUGGAGGAAGUUAUUUUACCCAAGAAUGUCAACCUGAAGAAGGACAGUGAGAAUAUUCCUGUCAAAGGAGGGACCAUGGCUGACCUGGAUGAACUGGAGGAGGAUUUCCCAGGAAGGGAAGAUGAGGAGGGAAGAGGGGAUACACAUCGGCUUUCAGAAGGAGAAGACAACACCACAGAACAAACACAUCACAUCAUAAUACCGAGCUACACGUCUUGGUUCAAUAACAACAGCGUUCACUCGAUAGAGAAACGUUCGUUGCCUGAAUUCUUCCAUGGAAAGAACAAGUCAAAAUCACCAGAAAUCUACCUGGCAUACCGUAACUUCAUGAUCGACACAUACCGGCUCAACCCCCAGGAAUACCUCAGCUCAACGUCCUGCAGACGCAUCCUCACUGGAGACGUCUGCUCUGUCAUAAGGGUUCAUUCACUUUUGGAGCAGUGGGGUUUGAUUAACUACCAGGUGGAUGCAGAGAGCAAACCCCUGCCCAUGGGACCCCCACCCACCCCUCAUUUCAAUGUAUUGAUUGACACACCGUCCGGGCUGGCCCCACUUCAACACAAACCCCUGCAGGUGUCAGCCUCGCAGAACAUGUUGUUUUUCCAGGAAAAGAGCAGAGAGAAGCCUUUAGAAUGCCAGAACUUUGGUCUGCGCUCCGACAUCUACACCAAGAAAAUCCCUAAGACUAAAGGAGUAUCAGGAAGAGAAUGGACGGAGCAAGAGACGCUCUUGCUGUUAGAGGCCUUAGAGGUGUACAGAGAUGACUGGAACAAAGUAUCUGAGCAUGUGGGCUCCAGAACGCAGGAUGAGUGUAUUCUCCACUUCCUCCGCCUGCCGAUAGAAGACCCUUACUUAGAAGACUCCGCGGCUUCCCUCGGCCCACUGGCGUACCAGCCCGUGCCUUUCAGCCAAUCAGAAAACCCCGUCAUGAGCACCGUGGCCUUCCUGGCCUCUGUGGUGGACCCUCGGGUGGCAUCAUCUGCAGCUAAGGCCGCACUGGAGGAGUUUUCCAAAGUGCACGAGGAGUCGCUGGAUAAGAUCUCUGAAGCGUCCAACCAGCCUGACAAAACAGAAUCAAUGGAAGUAGAGAAAAUUGAAACAAACUCCACCCCCCUUCAGAUCUCCCAGGUUCCUUUAAGGGCAGAUGGGCUCAAAGUGGAACCCAGUGUGGCCAAUGUGACGGGAGAACUAGUCAAAAGCGAAAAUGCUGAAAAUAUACUUGCAGAGGAGGGAGACGGAGUAAGGGUAGAUGAUGAUGAGAGCUUUGAUCAGGCAGACGUGGAUGAGGGGAGGUUGUUGGAGCAGGAUCUGGUGGAUGGCAGCGUUGUCACGGCAGCAGCUGCUGCUCUUUCCUCCGCUGCCACAAAGGCCAAGCACCUGGCAGCAGUAGAAGAGAGGAAGAUCAAGUCCCUGGUGGCUCUGCUGGUGGAGACCCAGAUGAAGAAGCUGGAGAUCAAGCUGAGACACUUUGAGGAGCUGGAGACCAUCAUGGACCGAGAGAAAGAGGCUCUGGAGCAGCAGCGGCAGCAGCUCCUCUCUGAGAGACAGACUUUCCACACCGAGCAGCUCAAACAGGCAGAGAUCAAGGUUCGCCAGCAGAGGGAGCAGCAGGCGCAGCCGGGAUACACCGUGCAGCCAACAGCUGUGCCUCCUGCUUCAGCUCAGUCCAUGCCCAACAGGAUGAUUCCUGGUGGAGUAAACGCCCAGACAAUGGCUCCUCGACAUCCUGGAGCUCCCAAUGGCAUGUACCCGUCCUCUCAGCCUGAUGGGAUAGCACCAGCUCAGCCGGGCCCUCCAGCAGCCAGUCACAACUGAACAGACCAGAACAACAAAAUGCACACAUACCAGUCCUCCUACGUCCGAGAAAAUUCAAGGAACACCGGCAGAAAUGUUCAGUAACAAUUAAGAAGUUGAAUAACGUAACUAUUCUGUACUAGUCACAUGUUUAUAGACACUCAAGCACAUGGACGCAGCUAAUGUGUAAUUUGGUCAACGGCUCAGUCCGUCUUUUAUCUGAAUUAUUUGUGCUCUGCCGUCAGAGUGGAGAAAUCUGAAGAUUUAACUCAACUCAUUAAAGUUGUUUUACAUGAAACCAAAUGUAUCUCUUGUUCUUGUCUAGCUUUUAUUCAGU